GAAAGCGACAACCUUUGGUGGGACGCGUUCGCGACUGAAUUUUUUGAAGAUGACGCCACCCUCACCCUUACGUUUUGCUUAGAGGACGGACCCAAGAGAUAUACGAUAGGAAGGACGUUAAUACCUAGGUACUUCCGCUCGAUAUUCGAGGGCGGAGUGACGGAACUUUACUACAACAUGAAACACCCAAAGGAGUCGUUUCACAAUACCAGCAUAACGCUAGACUGUGAUCAUUGCGUCAUGGUCACGCAUCAUGGGAAGCCGACGUUUACGAAGGUGUGCACGGAAGGUAGGCUAAUACUGGAGUUCACGUUUGAUGAUCUCAUGAGGAUAAAGUCGUGGCACAUGUCUGUAAGGACGCAUCGAGAAUUGGUACCACGGGCGGUAGUGGGUCUGCACACUGCUCAGCAGGAUCCAACGGCGCUGGAGCAGCUGACCAAAAACAUCACCAGGCAGGGAAUCACAAACUCAACCCUGAAUUAUCUUAGGUUAUGCGUCAUCCUUGAGCCGAUGCAGGAACUGAUGUCGAGGCACAAGGCUUACGCACUGUCGCCCCGGGACUGCCUCAAGACAACCCUGUUCCAGAAGUGGCAAAGGAUGGUUGCCCCGCCGGGUAAGAGAGAGUCCCAGAGACCGGCGAGUAAGAGAAGAAAGCGGAAGGGCAGUACCUCGGGUCCGGGUAACAACGCCCCACCGGCGCCAAGUAAAAAAAGAUCACCCGGGCCGAACUUUUCCCUGGCGUCUCAGGACGUGAUGGUCGUGGGUGAACCUUCUCUGAUGGGUGGCGAAUUCGGUGACGAGGAUGAACGGCUAAUCACGCGGUUGGAAAACACGCAGUACGAUGCGGCAAAUAGCUUAGACGCUCACAGUCACGAUACCUCGGGGGGACCGCCACCGCAUCCUCACCAAUUUCAUUCGGAACCAACCCCCGGAAACUCCUGGCCACCCGAUCGCGGUCCAGGACCGCCACAGGGAGGACCUGGCAGUCAGGGUGUUCAGGGCUCGCAAGGUGGCGCAGGGGCUGGUGUACAGGGAUCACAAGACGCCAAUCAACAACAGCAAGACAAGAAAAGCCCCGCGGUGAGCCAGUGAGGCCAGGAGUCCCCGCGCCCCCCCACCAGGGGGCGACG